GAGCGGACACCCCCGCCCUCCUCCGCGAGCCUCGGCGGGGUGGAGGGCGCCGAGCGCCCGCCCUGGAGCGGGGCUCCGACCCGGACCGUGGUGGGGCGCACGGCCUGCCCCUCCUCCCCGGCCACACCUCGCUCUUUGGACGGAGGAGGCUGAGGUUUCAAGCAGUCGCCCCCUCGCGAGGAUCGAAGCGCCAGGGGCAGGCAUUUGUGGGCCGGUUCUCCGAGCAGCCGGAAGGACGGGGCGUCGCGCGCCGUCUGGGUUCUUGACAGCCUGCCCCUGACUCACGGAGGGACAGCGUCUGAGAGCGGAGGGGGUGUGGGCGCAUCCUCAGGCAGAGGAGGGGGCAGGGACGGAUACCAAGCCAGCGCCUGCGGUAACCCCGGGGGCUGACCUCCCCCCACCCCGGCGUUAUGCCCCGCGUGGAGCGUUCGGGACGAUCACGAGGAACCGACCUGGCAUGGGCUCCAAUGAGGGGGAAUCACAGGCUGAGCGAGCCGUGACAAGAGUUGGAAAGCAGCCGGCCUCAGACGCCUCCCCUCGUCGUCAGUUUGCAGAGGCCCACCGUGCUGUCUCCCGCAGAGCCUUUGCCAUGAACCAGCCGGCCCCAGCCAUGCCCCCCCCACCCCGGCGCGUGAGGCUGAAGCCCUGGUUGGUGGCCCAGGUGAACAGCUGCCAGUACCCGGGGCUCCAGUGGGUCAACGGGGAAAGGAAGCUCUUCUACAUACCCUGGCGCCACGCCACAAGGCACGGCCCUGGCCAGGAUGGAGACAACACCAUCUUCAAGGCCUGGGCUAAAGAGACGGGCAAGUACACGGAGGGGGUGGACGAGGCCGACCCAGCCAAGUGGAAGGCCAACCUGCGCUGCGCCCUUAACAAAAGCCGCGACUUCCGCCUGUUCUACGACGGACCCCGAGACAUGCCGCCCCAGCCCUACAAGAUCUACGAGGUCUGCUCCAGCGGGCCUGCUCCCGCAGAGUCCCAGCCCACUGAUGAAUGCAUUCUGGGAGAAGAGGAAGAGGAGGAAGAGGAAGAGCUCCAGAGAAUGUUACCAGGCCUGAGCAUCACAGAACCUGUGCUGCCCGGACCUCCCCUAGCACCCUAUUCCUUACCCGAGGAAGACAUCAAGUGGCCACCCGCUCUCCAGCCAUCGGUAGGGCUGGGCCCCCCCGCCCCAGAUCCCAAUCUCGCGGUCCCUCCCUGUGGAAAUCCUGCUGGCUUCAGGCCGCUUCUUCCUGCCGACCUGGAGCCUGGACCUCUGGCCCCCAGCCUGGCCCCUACAGAACAACUCUUGCCUGACCUGCUGACCAGUCCGCACAUGCUGCCUUUGACUGACUUAGAGAUCAAGUUCCAGUACCGGGGGCGCCCGCCCCGCGCUCUCACCAUCAGCAACCCACAAGGCUGUAGGCUCUUCUACAGCCAGCUGGAGGCUACCCAGGAGCAAGUGGAGCUCUUCGGGCCCGUGAGCCUGGAGCAGGUGCGCUUCCCUAGCCCAGAGGAGAUCCCCAGCGAGAAGCAGCGCUUCUAUACCAACCAGCUGCUGGAUGUCCUGGACCGUGGGCUCAUCCUCCAGCUGCAGGGCCAGGACCUGUACGCCAUCCGUCUGUGCCAGUGUAAGGUGUUCUGGAGUGGGCCCUGCGCCAUAGCCAAUGGCUCAUGCCCCAACCCCAUCCAGAGGGAAGUCAAGACCAAGCUCUUUAGCCUAGAGCAGUUUCUCAAUGAACUCAUCCUGUUCCAGAAGGGCCAGACCAACAGCCCGCCUCCUUUUGAGAUCUUCUUUUGCUUUGGAGAAGAGUGGCCUGACCUCAAGCCCCGAGAGAAGAAGCUCAUCACCGUGCAGGUGGUACCUGUCGCAGCCCGGUUGCUGCUGGAGAUGUUCGCAGGGGAGCUUUCUUGGUCUGCAGACAGCAUCCGCCUGCAGAUCUCGAACCCGGAUCUCAAAGACCACAUGGUGCAGCAGUUCAAGGAGCUGCAUCACAUCUGGCAGUCCCAGCAGCGGCUGCAGCCCAUGGCCCAGGUCCCUCCUGUGGCCGGCCUUGAUGCUGGCCAGGGGCCCUGGCCCAUGCACCCAGCUGGCAUGCAGUAACGAGGUUACAGACGGUGGCCUGCAGCAGCUCUGUACACCGUUAUGGCUCUGUAGUGGCCCCAGCAGACCCCACUGGCUGUGGGGCUCAGAGUCUUCUGGAAGCAGUCAGGACACAGAAGAGAGGCCUGAGGUCACGUUCUCCCCAACAUUCCUCACUUUGAGCAGUCUUCUGGUGAUCAAUCUGCCUGGCUCUCAAGAAAUGCAGCCAGAGGCCCAGUGGGAGGCAGGGACCACCACCACCUGGAACCUUCGAUCCAGUUUCCCCUCUCCCCCAGGGCCAACUUUUAUGGUUGCCCCAAUUCCUUUAGCAAAAAGCACCAAAGAGGGUUGUGGGCCUUUUGCAGAGACUGGGCCUGAUGUGGGGAGUCCCUGGUUUGAGUCUUUCCCAUUAUUGCCUGACGAGGCUGUCACCAGACACACCGGACUGGCAGCUGCCCCUUCAGAGGCUAAGAAGCUGGGGUAGAAAGCAGACUUUAAUAUAUUUUUGGAUUAAUAAAUGCUAAAGUUGAC